GACAUUGAAAGAAUGUUGUGUUUCAAUAAGAAGACUGGAGAUUAAAGAUGAUAGUCAUAAAGUGGCAUGUAUGUUAUAUGAAUUUGUAUAGAAGUUCUGAGCUAAAGAAUGUACUUGGGCAAUAGAGAGGCAUAUACUGACAGUGAUAGUGAUAUUGAGAACUUGACAAGGAAACAUAGAGUUUUGAAACUACCAUCUGAUGAUGAAGAUGAGGAGAAACAAGAAUUAGACCUAAGUAAUGAGGUUAAACAAGUAUUGAAUCAACCACCAGAAGAUGAGGAAGUUGGUAGUAAUAUUGGGGUUAGAGAAGUUUUGAUACAACCAUUAGAAGAUGAGGAAGAGGGCAGUAAUAUUGAGGUUGAAGAAGAAAAAUCUGAAGGGGAAACUGAAAAGCUAUUUGUAUGUGAUAAAAAACUAAGAAGUAGAGAAUCAUUUCUGAGCCAUAUGGGCGUGCAUUUCACUGAUAAUGUAAAGAGAAUGCUACCCAAAUCAAAUGAUACUACAGAACACAUACCUGCUCAAAUUGAAAUGAAUAGUCAAGAGACAGCCAGUUGCAGUGAAGGACCAAAAAAGGAUAGAGGCCCACCACUUAAAUCCUCUAUGGUUGGUUUAGAUGCAGGAGAUGCCAGUCAAAAUGAAAGUUACAGUAAAGAUGGAGGAGAAAAAAGCAAAUCAACAAGGUCAAAACCUUACAGACCCUGCCCUUUCUGUGGUCUCCUUAUGGCUAGAUUGUCCAAUCACAUCCUUCGCAAACACAAAGAUAUUCCUGAGGUCAAAGUUUUAAAAAGGCUGCCCCAUCAAGAUCAAGUAAAGCAAAUGGCUAACCUGAGGAAAGAAGGUAUUUGGAAAGCUAAUUUAGAUCAGGUGACAAAAAUGGAGGAUGAAGGAUCUCAAGCAGAAAUAAAAUAUUUUAAAGAGAGGGAGCAUGGAGCAGGUCAACUUGUUUACUGUUCUUUAUGUAAAGGUUUUUUAACAAAGUCUUACUAUAAGAGACACAGAUCCACAUGCACUGCAGUUGAAUCUACAACAACUACAGCGAAAGCCUUAGAUCCAGUGCAUAUUGCAUCUCCAAAAUUUACUUCUUCAUUUAACUUUGAUGUUCUAGCAAAAUUCCAUAAUUCUGAGGUAGGAAAUUUAUGUAGAACAGACAAUCUUAUAACAUCAUUUGGGCUGCAGAUGUAAAGAAAUGUGGAGGCUAAGAAAAGUAAAAAAGAAGAAAAAAGAAAAUCAGUUAUGUCAGAUAUGAGGAGACUGGCCCAUUUAUUGUUAGAAUUUAGAAACUUAAACAAUGUGAGAUAAAUGGUGACGCAGAGGCUAAAUCAGCUGUAAACAUGUUUGACAGAGGCAAUUUUCAUUCGUUGGAGUCAUCCAUUUUAGCCCUAACAAUAAAUGAAGAAACUGGGCACACAAAAGCAGGGCUAAAAAUCGGAUAUGGCUAUCUCAUAAAGAGAGUUAUCAAAUAUCUCACUGGAGAAUUUCUCAUCCAAAAAAAAGAUGCUGAAGUUGAUGAGAUUAAGCGCUUUGGAGAUCUAUUGGAAUUUUGCUGGCCAGGUAUAUUUGGGGAUGCAGAAUAUAGGAGAUUUUACGGAAUUCCCUUUUUCGCGCUUGCGCAAUGACUGGCCGUCAAAAUCCGCCAUACUUGUUAUUGUUGUUGUCAUGGGCGGGAACGCAUAAACAAUGCAGAAGAAAGAAAAGUUAUCCCCGUAUGCCUAUGGGUUACCGGCCGAGGCUAGGACACGAUACCAGGAGAAAUUGGCAUACAAUAAAGGACUCGAUAGGCUUCCUGAUCCUUAUGCUAUCACUAAAUCUGAAUGGGUGAACGACCCCAGUAUUUGGCCUGAACUUGACUUCGGUCAAGUUUACCUCUACUUAAUCGAAACACCAUCAAUGUUUAACAAAAGUGCAAUGAAAGCUUAUAAAAGCUUAGAAGCUUAUAGGUAGAGUCACUCAUUUUUUCCGCGUUUCGACAUAGAAUGAAAGAACAACCAUUUAAUUUGAAAAGGACACCAGUUGAACAAAUUGGGAAAGAUUCUCACUCGCAUUUAUGGGUAUUUAAUCCCUGAAUAGAAUAAAUAAUCAGUGGUGGAAAUAUAAAACUUUUCAUUACAUUCAACUUUCCAGACUAACAAAUUAAAUGUAGUUAGUCUGGCAUCAUCUGUGUAUAUUUAGCUUAAAACUAGCUACUUAAAAUGUUUAUAUGUACACUAAAACUAUUUUUUGAGCAUAAAAUACAUUGUAUA